AGAAAUGAAGGGGUCCAGCUCGUCCUGCCCGCCUCAUCCCAUCUCAUGCAUGGCUGCCAGUGAUUCUGUGCUGCCAGUCAGACUGCGUUGGCACGGCACGCGGCGUUGGGGUGUUAGUUAGUGGUGGGUGUGUGUGUGCGUGCCUGUGCGCGGGCGCGUGUGCGUGAGUGAGUGUAUUAGAAGGGGUUUGUUCUGCGCACCUCGGGCCUUUGGAAAAUAAAGGGCUGCGCGCGCUAGAGGCAGGGCGCCGCGCGCAAAGAGCCGGGUUGUGAUGUUGGGCUGGAGGCAGGAAGUGCCGUGGAGAGGGGAGGAGGGAGCGGGGGCAGCCGUCAUCCACGGAGCGCUGAGGAGCUGCGCACAUGGAGGAGCGGGCCACAGCUGGAACAGCUUCUUACUGCAGAGCCCGGGACUAGCAGAAUACCUGCACAGGAUGGAGACCGAAGAGGCACAGGAAAUGUCCCAAAUAGCAGGAAGGGACAGUCCUGUUACGAACGAAGGUGGUGAAGAGCAAGACGAGGCCAUGCCUGUCCCAGAGGACCUGUCAGCCAGCACCGGCCUCCAGCACAACAACCGCACUGACAAACCAGUGGCCUGCAAUAUAAAAGUUGAGGCUCGGAGUGACGAGGAGAACGGGCUGGCCGCUGAGAUGAAUGGAGAGGAGGAGGAGUGUGUUGCCGAGGACUUGCGAAUGCUCGAUGGCUCGGGGGCCAAAGUGAACGGCUCCCACGCGGGCCCCGACGGCAAGCCAGCGGGCACCUACCCCACGGCCGGGGGCAUCCGCCUCCCCAACGGGAAGCUCAAGUGCGAUAUCUGUGGGAUAGUGUGCAUUGGGCCCAAUGUGCUGAUGGUGCACAAGCGAAGCCACACUGGUCAAAGGUCAUCUCAACUCAGGAACUCAGGUGAAAGGCCAUUCCAGUGUAGUCAGUGCGGUGCCUCCUUCACUCAGAAGGGAAACCUCUUACGGCACAUCAAACUUCAUUCUGGAGAGAAACCCUUUAAAUGUCACCUGUGUAAUUAUGCAUGUCGCCGCAGAGACGCCCUCACUGGGCACCUUCGCACUCAUUCAGUUGGAAAGCCCCACAAGUGUGCAUACUGUGGUCGCAGCUACAAGCAGCGAAGCUCGCUGGAGGAGCACAAGGAGCGAUGUCACAACUACUUGCAGUGCAUGGGCCUCCAGAAUAGCAUCUAUAAUACAGUGAAGGAAGAGAACAGCCAGAGUGAGCAGAGGGAAGACAUAAACCUGGCUGCAACUGAGAGAGCCUUGGUGCUAGACAGAAUAGCUAAUGUAGCUAAGCGUAAGAGCUCUAUGCCACAGAAGUUUGUGGGUGAGAAGCGUUUCGCUGACCUCACAUAUGAAAGUGGCUCGGGAGAAAUGAUGCAGCCUCAUGUGAUCGACCAGGCCAUCAACAGUGCUAUAAGCUACCUGGGGGCCGAGUCUCUGCGGCCGCUGGUCCAGACCCCACCAGGCACUGGCACAGAGAUGGGGGUCAGCCCCAUCUACAACCUGCACAAGUCCCAGCCAGCUGAAGGCAACGGGCUGUCGGCUAAAGACAGUGCUGCAGAGAACCUGCUGCUGCUGUCCAAGUCCAAAUCAGCGUCCAGUGAAAAGGAUGGCUCGCCCAGCCCCAGUGGCCAAGACUCCACUGACACAGAGAGCAACAACGAGGACCGAGCAGGAGCCGGGGGAGGGGGGCCAACGGCGGCGGCAGCUGCCGCUGCGGGAGGCCUCAUCUAUCUGACCAACCACAUGGCCCCGGGUGUGCGAAACGGAGGCCUGCCACUGGUGAAGGAGGAGCAGCAGAGGCACUUUGAGGCACUGCGGGCAGCUGGGAUGGAGCUGGGCAUGGGAGUGACCACAGAGGGCUUUAAGGUUCUGACUGCAGAGGGAGAGGAGGUCAGGGCAUACCGCUGCGUCCACUGCAGGGUGCUCUUCCUGGACCAUGUCAUGUACACCAUUCACAUGGGCUGCCACGGCUUCCGUGACCCCUUUGAGUGCAACCUGUGCGGCUACCGCAGUCAGGACCGCUAUGAGUUCUCCUCACACAUUACCCGCGGAGAGCACCGCUACUGAGCUGCGUGCAUGCACAUGCACACACAACCACAUACACACACAACCAGACUUUAAUAUACAGAUGAUGUUUAAACAGUGACAAACAUCCAUUCAUUCAGUAUGCACCACAAGCAGAGUCUUAUUUGUUUUUUUUUUACACAAUGUAUGAACACUGUAGGCAUGUUGCAACAUUCAAUUGGACAGUUCACUUUGUUAUACACUGAUUAGUGUGAACAUAUGUAAAUAUAAUUUACUGUCUUGUCUAUUUUUCUACAAUUGUGAGUUACCAGUAAAGGGCAGCAGAUACCUGUAAAGAAGAUAAUUUACUAACACUGGAAAAGGAACUGGAGUACAGAUAAUAAAAGUGAAUUUCCAUUAUUCAAAUGCAUUGUUUAUAAAGUGUGCGGUGGGGAUCAUACCAAAAUACAAUAGAGACCUUCAAAUUGGAAACAAAAACCUUCAAAGUAGAACUUUUAAGAAAAGAUAUGACAUAAAAUGACUUAUAAUAAUAUCUUUUUACAUAAAGUUAGAAGGUUUUUCUUUUGACAAAGUUUUCAUUUUAAAAAAUGCAAGGUUUUUCAGAACAGCAACAAUAUAUUAGAGUAAUGAUUUUAUUGACAUUUUUUAUCAACAGUAUUGAGAACUCUAAUGGGACUGUAGUUCUUCUACCUGUGUAAUUAUGAACAAAGUUUUUGGCCCACUGUAUUUCAUCUUUAAUCUUUUUGUUUUUGUAUUAUUACUAUCAUUAUUAUCAUUAUUUAUCUGUUUGACAGUAUUUUACACGUAUUGGUGUCAGUGCCUAAUAAAAGACAUGCUUGCAAAAUAUCAAUAAAGAUAUUUUACAUUUGUGCAACAUC